AGCAUCCCGACUCCAGCGCCCGCCCGGACCUCGGCUCGACCCAGACGCGGAGCCUCCCCAGCGGCGGGGCGGAAAGCAGGGAUCUGCGUAAUAGCUGCUCCCCGGCGCGGUCCCGCCACCGUCGGAGCCCGGGUGCACACUUGCAAACUCGCCGCCUUCUGCACCUGCCUCCUGCGCCAGCGCCGGCGCCGAGCGAGCCAUGGCCAACGCGGGGCUGCAGCUGCUGGGCUUCAUUCUGGCCUUCCUGGGCUGGAUUGGCGCCAUCGUCAGCACCGCGCUGCCCCAGUGGAAGAUUUACUCCUACGCCGGCGACAACAUCGUGACCGCUCAGGCCAUCUACGAGGGGCUGUGGAUGUCCUGCGUGUCGCAGAGCACUGGGCAGAUCCAGUGCAAAGUCUUUGACUCUUUGCUCAACCUGCCCAGCACUUUGCAAGCAACCCGGGCCUUGAUGGUGAUUGGCAUCCUGCUAGGACUGAUAGCAAUCUUCGUGGCCACCAUGGGCAUGAAGUGUAUGAAGUGCAUGGAAGACGAUGAGGUGCAGAAGAUGAGGAUGGCUGUCAUUGGGGGUGUGAUAUUUCUUAUUGCAGGUCUGGCUGUUUUAAUUGCCACGGCAUGGUACGGCAAUAGAAUUGUUCAAGACUUCUAUAACCCAAUGACCCCAGUCAACGCCAGGUAUGAAUUUGGUCAGGCUCUCUUCACUGGCUGGGCUGCGGCUUCUCUCUGCCUUCUGGGAGGUGCCCUACUCUGCUGCUCCUGUCCCCAAAAAACAGCCUCUUACCCAACACCACGUCCCUAUCCAAAACCUACACCCUCCAGUGGGAAAGACUAUGUGUGACACAGAAAAGGAAAGAGUCCUGUUGGAACAAACAGAAAAUGGACACUGAAGUCUGAUCAUCAGCCUUAAGACCUUAGACUUUUGACUGUUGUAGUCUGAACUUUGGUAUUACAAAAACAAACAAACAAAAAAUAAUAAUCCAAAAAAAGUAUUUUUUUCAAUAGCCAUUUGCUAAAAAUGGUUUAGUUUUAUUUUAUCUUCUUGCCCCAACACAGGAGGGAAGACAUUUCCAUUUUUAUGACUGGGUCCCACUGAGUAAUACUACUCGAAUAGGGGCAGAGGAUGCUCCUUAAAUAUAUAUAGAUAUGUAAAUAUACAUGUUUUUCUAGAAAAAAAAUUCAGGUGGUGAAAAACUUCCUCUCAUUAUGUUUGCACCAGCAUACUUAAAAUUCUGCUAAAAAAGAAAAAAAUGUAUAUUUAAUUCCAUACUGAUUAGAUAAGAGUUAAUUUUUGUAUUUUUCUUCUUUUCGUAUGUCUACAUCUAUCAUCUAAUGGGCCAAAUAUCAUUUACCCUCCCUCAUCAGCCUUUAGUGUCAUCGACAUAAGACCUAAUCUCCUCUACCAAGUAUGAAUUCCUUACAUUUUUCAUGUGUGCCCUUUUUAUCUGUUUUUUUUUGGCCAUGAACUUGUAGCAUUUGCUUCCUCUUUAGUAGGUCAUUCUCCAGGCCCUUAUUUGCUUCUUUAGUAGAUUGGUCUCUAAGCCCCAAAUCUGAGAACACAUUUUAUAAGGCCUAUAUUUUAAUUCCUAAAGUCAAAAAGAACCUUAGAAAUUAGAGCUUUGGGGGCAUAUCUUUCACAUCUUUCUGCAUGACCAGAGUGAUAUAUUUCUGUUGACUUUCCCACAUGAUCCCUGUACUCUGACCUUUAACACUCUUGUUUGCUUUGAAAAUAUUUGUCCCAUUGAGUAGCUUUGCUCUGCUUUCUCCAGUGUUGUAACACACAAUUUUACAGGUUAAAUUUUUAAGCUACUUAUUUGCUGUUGUAUAUUCCCAUAAAGGACCUUGUUCCUCCUCUCUCCUCAACUGUAUUGGAGUUUCCAAAUAUAGUUAUUAUAUAGUUUACCUCUGCUCCCAGAGAGGUGUGGUCUGUUUGUCUGAAUGAAGUGGUAGACUUUCUGGAGAGAUAACCUGGUGACAAAUAUUCUGUCUGUAGCUGUAAACAAGUCAUUUAAUCUUCUACCUCUUUUCUCAUCUGUCAGAUGGAGAUAAUAAUACUUAUUCAGCAGGUAGAGGUGAUGUGAGUAUUAAUUAUUUGAUAUUACUGUCAUUCUUUGAGCAUGAAACAUGCCUAAUUAGUGUUUUAUUUGCUCAAUUGGCUUUUUAAAAGUCAGUGAACAUAACCUACACAAAUGCCUUCACAGCACUGACCAUUUUCCUUUCUAGAAGAGUCCAUUUUCUUUACUUCAGCUGUGACUGGCAUGUGUUGAUCUGUUCAAUUUUAAUACUUGUUCUGAAUUUUAUAGUCUGUGGAAAAUGCUACUUCACUUGAGCAAGAUGAGAUAAUGGAAAAGGUGUUGGCUUUGGUGUCUAGAGACCUGGAUUUGAGUUUUGGUGCUAUCAAUUACUGUCUGAGUAUGGGCAAGACAGCUGGCUGCCCUAAAUCUGUUGCUUCAUUAAUCUUAAAAAAAAAAAAAAAAAAAAGG